CACACACAGCCUACGCGGCUACGCGCACCCACUCUCGAUUCGCUGGCUGGGCAGCAGUUGUUCUUUCCUCGCCGCGCUUUGGAGCCCACCUCGAUCGGUCUCAGUGUCUCACGCUCGCUCGGGCGCGCGUGCCGGCGUGCGUGCCUUUGCUUUGGGGGCCCAUGGGGAGUGGGCGACGCACCAUGCCGCCCGUGGUGGUGCUUCUUCUUCUUCUCGUCGUCCUCGGCGUGUCGCUGCAAGGACGAUGCACUGCGCAGGGCGGGGGAGGGCUCACGCGGGGGAGCUUCCCCAAGGGCUUCGUCUUCGGCACCGCCGCCGCCGCUUACCAGUACGAGGGAGCCGUCACGACGGAUGGCAGAGGACGGACAAUCUGGGACACGUUUGCACACACUUUUGGCAAGAUCUCGGACUUCAGCAAUGCGGAUGUUGCAGUUGAUCAGUACCACCGUUUCGAGGAGGACGUGCAGCUCAUGGCGGACAUGGGAAUGGAUGCGUAUCGCUUCUCCAUUGCCUGGUCAAGAAUUUUGCCAAAUGGUACGGGCCAAGUCAAUCAGGCUGGCAUUGACCACUACAACAAAGUGAUCAAUGCACUACUAUCCAAAGGAAUUCAGCCAUAUGUAACACUGUACCACUGGGACCUCCCUCAGGCACUGGAAGACAGGUACAACGGAUGGCUGGACAGGCAGAUAGUUAAUGACUUUGCGGCGUAUGCUGAGACAUGCUUCAAGGCGUUUGGAGACCGUGUGAAACACUGGAUCACGCUCAAUGAGCCGCACACGGUUGCCAUUCAAGGCUACGAUGCUGGGCUUCACGCGCCAGGGCGUUGUUCGGUGCUGCUCCAUCUAUACUGCAAGUCAGGGAACUCUGGCACUGAGCCCUACAUCGUUGCUCACAACUUCAUCUUAGCUCAUGCCACCGUUUCAGACAUCUACAGGAGAAAAUAUAAGGCAGCUCAGAAUGGUGAACUUGGGAUCGCAUUUGACGUCAUCUGGUACGAACCUAUGACAAACAGCACGAUUGACAUUGAAGCUACCAAAAGGGCACAAGAGUUUCAGCUAGGAUGGUUCGCGGAACCGUUCUUCUUCGGAGAUUACCCGGCGACGAUGAGAACUCGGGUUGGAGAAAGACUGCCCAAGUUCACGGCAGAUGAAGCUACUCUUGUCAAGGGGGCUCUGGACUUCAUGGGCAUAAACCACUACACCACUUUCUACACGAGGCAUAACGAAACCAACAUCAUCGGACGACUGCUGAAUGACACUUUGGCAGACACCGGAACCAUCAGCCUUCCCUUCGACAAGAAUGGGAAACCCAUUGGAGACAGGGCUAAUUCGAUAUGGUUGUACAUCGUACCCAGCGGGAUAAGAAAGCUGAUGAACUAUGUCAAGGAGAGGUACAAUAGCCCGACGGUUUACAUCACCGAAAACGGGAUGGACGACGGCAACAGCCCUUUCACUUCCAUCCAGGACGCGCUCAAGGACAAAAAGAGAAUCAAGUACCACAACGACUACCUCAGCAACGUUGCUGCCUCCAUAAAGGAGGACGGGUGCGAUGUGCGUGGGUAUUUCGCGUGGUCGCUGCUGGACAACUGGGAAUGGGCGGCCGGGUACAGUUCGAGAUUUGGGCUCUACUUCGUGGACUACAAGGAUAAUCUCAAGAGGUACCCCAAGAACUCGGUGCAGUGGUUCAAAACCCUGCUGAGCUCCAGCUGAAGGCGUCAGCGUCACGGAUUGUGAUUUGGACUGAUUGUUUAUCCGAUAACAUACUCCGAUCCUGUUGUGUUCCACGCAAGCACGAUGGAUAAAAGAGCGUGUCAAGCUCCAAUGUAAAUGUUAUCACCUCUAGUCGAAGAACAUGUCGUGUAGGACUAUUUAUUAGUUGCACAUUAAAAGGUAUACAGAUACCAAUAACUUCAAAUUUAUAGUUCGUUUGAAAACAUACGGUACACGUGUGGAUUUGUAUUGAAAUACACACUUGUAAAAUUUUCAUGAUGUCUGUAAAUAAUUUUAAUAAACAUGCUAAUUGUAUUGUUUUUGACCGACG